UUUAGUUCGACGUAGCGUUUUUAGAAACCGGAAGUCAAACAGCUUUGCUAACUAGAACCAAAAAUAUUUCUGCUAGUAGUUUAUUUCAACUGGAAACAUGUUGUCGAUAUUCAAAUCCAUUCCCACACACAUGGAUUAUAAGGGCCAGAAACUGGCUGAGCAGAUUUUCCAAGGAAUUAUACUCAUCUCUGCGGUGAUAGGAUUCAUCUACGGUCUGAUCAUUCAGCAGUUUGGGUGGACGGUGUACAUAGUAUUGGCUGGUUUUGCUGUGUCCUGUGUGUUGACCCUGCCUCCGUGGCCCAUGUACAGGAAGAAUCCUCUGCAGUGGCAGCCUGUUAUACCAGAGAGCAGCGGGGAAUCUCCCCAAAAGCCUCAAGAAGCCAGCAAAAGGAAGAAGCACAAAUAGGUCAAUAACCAUCCCUUACCUGGAUUUGAAGGGGUUUUUUUUAUACAAAGAACCAUCUUGAUGUUUGUCCCAACAGUUCACAUUAAAAACAUCCACAAAGUAAAUGUGUUGUCAGUAUGAAAAGAUGAUUUACGUAAAUAUUUGAUCAUGUCUGUUUAAUAAAUAGGGUUUUUUGAAA